ACACUCUUCCUCCAACAGUUCCCGGAAAGCGGUGCCAAAAGAAGGCGCCAAUAAGAGCUUCUGCAAAUGGACUACAACACCCAUGAUGCUUUGCUUCCCUACCUUGGCGAAGUUGGACUAGGGCAUCUGCAGCUGCGCAAGCGCAAAUUGAUACACUAUUUGAGGACUUCAUUGUCCAGCAUGCAUUGCCUUCAAGAGGGCUCUUCCCGCUAGGGUUGUCGAGUUCUCUGAUUGGCGUCUGAGGGAUCCGCAGACUCCGUUACCCAGUUUCCUUUGUGCGAAGGCUGUUGCGCACUUCCGGUGGAAGCGCUGCGGCGAGGGGGCGGGGUUUACUGAGCCAGUGGGCGGUAGGCGGCGCUGCCGGUGGCUGGUUGCUGUCCAAAGGCGACUGGGCGUCGUUAGAGGAGUGAGCUGUGACCGGUUGUACUGCACGUAUCGUGGGACUGUUGUCGACGUGCAGCUUCCCUUUGAUGUCGGCCCUUGAAAAAAGCAUGCACCUCGGCCGCCUACCUUCUCGCCCUCCUCUACCCGGCAGCGGGGGCAGUCAGAGCGGAGCCAAGAUGCGGAUGGGCCCUGGACGGAAGCGGGACUUUACCCCGGUCCCAUGGAGUCAGUACUUUGAGUCAAUGGAAGAUGUGGAAGUGGAGAAUGAAACUGGCAAGGAUACUUUUCGAGUUUACAAGAGUGGUUCCGAGGGUCCAGUCCUGCUGCUGCUUCAUGGAGGAGGCCAUUCCGCCCUUUCCUGGGCAGUGUUCACGGCAGCAAUCAUCAGUAGAGUACAGUGUAGGAUUGUGGCUCUGGAUCUGCGAAGUCAUGGAGAAACUAAAGUCAAGAAUUCUGAAGACCUGUCAGCAGAAACAAUGGCAAAAGAUGUUGGCAAUGUGGUGGAAGCCAUGUACGGAGACCUCCCUCCUCCAGUCAUGCUGAUUGGGCAUAGCAUGGGUGGUGCCAUUGCAGUGCACACAGCAGCAGCUAACCUGGUGCCAAGCCUCUUGGGCCUUUGCAUGAUUGAUGUCGUAGAAGGUACAGCCAUGGAUGCACUUAAUAGCAUGCAGAAUUUCUUGCGUGGUCGGCCUAAAACCUUCAAGUCUUUGGAGAAUGCUAUUGAAUGGAGUGUGAAGAGUGGCCAGAUUCGAAACCUAGAGUCUGCCCGUGUAUCCAUGGUCGGCCAAGUCAAACAGUGUGAAGGAAUUACAAGUCCAGAAGGUUCCAAAUCCAUAGUGGAAGGAAUCAUAGAGGAGGAAGAAGAAGAUGAGGAAGGAAGUGAGUCAGUUAACAAGAGGAAAAAGGAAGACGACAUGGAAACCAAGAAGGAUCACCCAUACACCUGGAGAAUUGAGUUGGCAAAAACAGAAAAAUACUGGGAUGGCUGGUUCCGGGGCUUAUCCAAUCUCUUUCUUAGCUGUCCUAUUCCUAAACUGCUGCUCUUGGCGGGUGUUGACAGAUUGGAUAAAGAUCUGACCAUAGGCCAGAUGCAGGGGAAGUUCCAGAUGCAGGUCUUACCCCAGUGUGGCCAUGCAGUCCAUGAGGAUGCCCCUGACAAGGUAGCUGAAGCUGUUGCCACUUUCCUGAUCCGGCACAGGUUUGCAGAGCCCAUCGGAGGAUUCCAGUGUGUGUUUCCUGGCUGCUAGUGACCUGCUGUCUACUCCUCCCUCUACAUUGAGCUCUGUUGUAAAUACAUCGCACCAGAGGCCACUGUGAUGCCGCUGUCUCCUCCUGUCCAUCCUGCCCAGCCAUGUGAUACCGGCUCCUGUAGAGGGCAUCCCCAGAUGUACAAACCCUUUCCUGUGUACUGUUGAAAGCAUUGUUCUCCAGUGCCCUUGUCCAACAGUGGCCUGUGCAGUCUGGGGUCCACAGCUCUCCCUCUCCCCUCCUGUGCUCCCUGCCUUGCCUAGGAUGAAGCCCCCAGAGCUGCUCCCUGGCCCUGUUCCUGGCAUCUGGCAAUGUACCCCCAGGCUCAGGGAUCUCCAUUCCUUGAAGAUGUCCUUGGCAUGGUCCUGCCCUACCUCAUGGGAUGGGCAAUGCACACACUGGCCCUUAUUUUUCCCUUUCAAAUAAAACACCAGUCAGGUACCGUUAUCCCAGUCUUAACUGUCCCAAAUCUGGAAGAUCCAGAGUAACCAGGAUUCAGGGAGAGGGAGUGGAUAGCAAGUAUCCCAAGAAACCAACCUGUAAGCCAGGUCCAGCCAGUCCAAGCACAUGGCUUCCCAUCUGGGUGAGCCCACUGUCCCACUCCCACAUGUCUGGGCACCUGCCCUGGGCUGAGGCCAGGCUGCUCCAAGGGCCUCAUGAGCCCUAAUCUGCCACAGAGCAACCCAGGUUAAACACAGCCCAUGCACAAAGCCACAGGCUAAAUCCUGUGGAAUUGUUUUUAAUGACUGAAUUUAACCAUUCUCAUAGUUGGUUCCUGGAGGUGUGCCAAGUGCCCGCUUGCCUCUUCUAGACCCACAGCUUCUUGAUCCACUUGUGGUUUCCAUGUCACUACGUAGAAACAUCAUGGACUAGCAUCCCCAGUCUUUGCCCUCAUCUAGCUGUCGAAGCACAGCACUGGGGCCACCCCCUGCUGCCCAUGGGCGGGGUGGGGCAUCCUCCUGAAACCCAUCUUUCUGUGACUGUCUUAGGUGACGUGUAGCCCUCUUCCGUUUUUUCACCCAACAACUUCCCCUGUCCUGCUGCACGGUCCAGAGUCUGGGACCGACUUUGUUUCUUUGUUAUUUAUGAUCUUGUUUAAAGAAAAUAAAUAUCUCCCAACCUUU